CAGAAAUGAAGUUUCCUUGAUGACACACCGGAAAUGUGCACCAAUGUUAUUAUUCCUACCCCCCUUGUGACUCUACCUCAAGAGCUAGCAAGCAUAUUCAUUCCCAGUAUUCACCAACACACGUGAUAUCGCUUGUGCUGUCGUGAAUGGUGAGUUAAGAUGAAUGCUUUAGAUCACAUGUUAACAGACCCAUUGGAGUCUGGAAUGGACCGUGAUGGACGUGUAAUGGAGGAGUGCUUGUUGGGGAACUGUAGAGUUCGGGUUCCCGAGGAUCUACUUGAGGAUCCAGAGAUUUUCUUCUCAGUGAUGAGUGAGAGCACAUGGACAGAUGUUCUGACAGAUGCUCAACGGACACAUCUUCGUCAACUCCUGCCUCAGUUCUCUGAGAAUAACACCUCAGAGCAGGACAGCAUCAUCAGCGACCUGUUUAACAACCAGAAUUUCUUCUUUGGAAACCCCUUGCACAUUGCCCAGAAACUCUUCAGAGAUGGUUUCUUCAACCCAGAGGUGGUCAAGUACAGACAACUUUGUGCCAGUUCUCAGAAAAAAAGACACAUCUACUCCCUUCAGCAGUAUUACCACAAAUUGCUAAAGCAGAUCCUGGUUUCCAGAAAGGAGUUGUUGGAUUUGGCAGCACGUGGUGGACCUGAUCUGGCGGUAAAACGGCGGUAUCAUGCCCCCUCUCACAAGGAGAUGCUGGAGCAGAGGGUCAGACGUCGAGUGGGUCACAUAAUGACAGAGGUGAAGACAGAGUGUGGUGACAGUAAUGUGUCAUCUGAUGAAGACGAUACUGCCUCUUGGUUGCCUGUCCCUCAGUCACCCUCCUCCCCAACGCCAACUGUCUCUCUCAGGGUGUUACCGAGCCUCUCCACUCAGGACAUGAAAACCAGAGACAAGUCUGAGCUGGGUGAAAAGGAACUCAGAGCCAUGCUGCACAGACACAAAGAGAAGAGAAAACGACAACCAGAUCACCCUGACCUCAUGACCUCUGACCUCCAUCUUGGUGAUAUCAUGUCACGAGUCAAUAUUGGAAGAAAAGGAUCCAUUACGACAGUCUUUGACCUCGCCCUGCCUAAGAAGAAAAUGAGGGAGGAGAGGAGGAAGAAAAAGAUGCGGCCCAUUAAAAUGGAACCGGAGGAGGUCUGUGAGGUUCAGAUAUCAGCAGCUUCCAUGAACUCAGGGCUUACUGAAACCCCCACUGCUCCUCCACAAAGUGUUAAAGAAGAGCCAAUGGACGAGUCCCAGAACAGCCCUGACACAGUGGAGGAGAUUGCCAUCAGCUUUUUUCAUUUGCUUGAAGACAUCCUCAGGCUUGAAGGCCUAGCGACAUGCUCUGUGUUGGAGGAGAAAGUCCAGCAGUGGCAGUCAUCCCCAGCCAGCACACUCAACCCCUGGUUCUCUUUGGCCCUCUGCUGGUCAGAUUUGGUCAUGCCUGCUCUACAGUUUCUAGCUGGAGAAAGCAAAUCUGGUGUGUUGUCUCUGCCCAGUGGAUUCACACCUUUAGUGGAAUUCAUAGAACACUCCCAGCAAUGGAAAUGGAUGGGCCCAAGUCAGGAUGGAGACAAAGAUCUGAGUGCCCUGUGCCAGUUGUGGCUGGAAUCAAAGGAUCACAUGGUCAUCAAGCAGGAGGGGGAGGAAACUGCAGAACUGACUCCUCCAACUCCAAGAGUUUGGACAGACUAUGUGGUGAGGCCUAGUACAGGAGAAGAAAGGCAUGUUUUUCAAGAGCAGGAGCAGCAACGUUAUGAUCAGCCACACAAAGCCUUCACUUACCGAAUGCACGGCUUUGAGUCUGUGGUGGGACCAGUCAAGGGAGUUUUCGACAAGGAGACAUCACUCAAUAAAGCACGAGAGCACUCUUUACUGCGAUCAGACCGACCAGCCUAUGUCACCAUACUGUCUCUUGUGAGGGAUGCUGCUGCCAGGCUGCCUAAUGGAGAAGGUACCAGAGCGGAGAUCUGUGAAUUACUCAAGGACUCUCAGUUCCUAGCCCCUGAUGUCACCAGUGCACAGGUGAACACGGUGGUAAGUGGCGCCCUUGACCGCCUCCAUUACGAGAAAGAUCCUUGCGUGAAAUACGACAUCGGCCGCAAGCUGUGGAUCUACCUCCACAGGGACAGGAGCCAGGAGGAGUUUGAGAGGAUACACCAGGCCCAGGCAGCAGCUGCCAAAGCCAAGAAAGCUCUGCAACAGAAGCCAAAACCGGCACCCAAACCUAAGGCAGCUGGUAAAGAGCCAGGCAGUAAGAAUGGUGCUGCAGAGGCAGGUCAGAGCUUAGGAAGUGAAGGGGUCAACAAUGCAGCUGCCAGCUUACCCCAACCACCCCACACACCAAGCACCCCUGGAACCCCCAAAUCGCCCCUACCUCCUACAGCAGCCACACCAACUAAAGUAGGCGCACCAGAGCCUGUCAAAUCUAGUCCCAGUGUCCUGUUGGUGUCCCCUCCCUCCAUGCCUCAGUUAGGAACGCUGCUGUCUGCCAGUCAGCCACAGGUGUCCCAGCAGGCCUCAGCUCAGCCUGCAACCCGGGUAGUGGCACACUCGGCUGCCUCUGGUUCUCUGCCUCAGGUGCGAGUAGUCACUGCCCAAUCUGGGCUUCCUGCCUCCUCUGCAGGCCAGCCGACAACAUUAGUGCACCAGAGUCCUCAUCACAUAAGGGUGCCUGUCACUGUGGCCCAUGGCAAGAGCAUCACACAGGCAGUGGUGACUGUUCCACUUAGAGGCCCAUCUGCAGGAAGUCCCAUUCAGGUGCAGGCUUCACAAGGUCAGGCCAGUCUGACUGUCUCAGGUCUUGCCUCUGCUGUCACGGUAACCAAACCUCAGACAAGAUCCCCCGCUAGCCCUGCACACAACCCAGCAUCACCUGCAGUACUGCAGGGACUCAGCAGCCAGAAUAUUAUCAAACAGGUUGCCAUCACUGGCCAGUUAGGUGUGAAGACCCAGAGUGGGGCAAGAAUCCCUCUCACCGCCACUAAUCUCCGCAUCCAGGGAAAGGAUGUACUCCGCCUCCCCCCCUCCUCAAUUACCACUGAUGCAAAAGGUCAAACAGUGCUCCGUAUCACUCCAGACAUGAUGGCCACCCUCACUAAAUCCCCAAUGGCCACCGUCAAACUCACCCCAGACAUGCUGAGCGGUGCCACCAGCACAGGCAGCAAGAGCAUCUCUGCCACUCUACAUGUGUCUUCACCCCAGCCUUCACCCCCUGCCUCUAAGACUGCCCCACCUGCAGCAGCUGAGACACUGGCUGCCAAAGCACCUGCCUCUCUAGGCACCACAGGCACUGCCACCUUAGUGAAAGUUCACCCAGAACUCAAGGCAGCCUGUGACACAGCCAUCCGCCUCAUGCCCGCCCUGGCUGUCACUAUGGCUGAACCCAAAGCCCGCACAUUCUCAACCGUCACGUCCUCAGACUCGAAAGCAGCAGGUACUACUAUUCGAAUAGUGCCAAACCUUGGUGUGAUCCCUCAGAAACAGGGUCAGACUGUCUCAAUUAGCACCAUCACCACAGCUGCAAAGCCUGUCACGGUGUCGUCUGGGGCAGCCACUGUUACCAUAGCAACCAGUGGAGUGGCAGGGGCCAAAGGCGUGGCGCUCGGCCCUGCCACCACAGGUUCUCCGCUCUCACUGGGUACCGCCGCAACCACAGUCAGACAAGUGCCGGUCAGUGCUACUGUAGUAGCUACACAAGCAGGAAAGCUUCCUACAAGGAUCACAGUGCCUCUAUCUGUCCUCAGCCAACCUUUGAAAAACAAGAGCGUGGUCACCACACCCAUAAUUAAGGGAAACAUAAGCACCAAUAUCAGCAGUCUGGGGAGAAACAUUAUCCUGACUACCAUGCCAGCAGGCACCAAGCUGAUUGCUGGGAACAAGCCCGUCAGCUUUGUAACUGCUCAGCAGCUACAACAGCUCCAGCAGCAGGGACAGGCCACACAGGUUCGAAUUCAGACGGUACCAGCUCAGCAGCUACAGCGCACGGUGGCCAGCUCUACGAAAUCAACAGUAUCUACAGUUGUGGUCUCUACUGCACCCUCGCCGAAAACAAACCCUGACCCCCAAUGAGAUGAGCUAGCAGCAGAGCCAUGAACAUAUACCAUAGUUAAAGGGAUAGUUCACCCAAAAAUUACAAUUUUUAUGCAAUCUCCUUUUGUGUUCCACAGAGGAAAGAAAGUCACAUGGGUUUGGAACAAUAUGAGGGCAAGUAAAUGAUGACAGAAUUUUUAUUAUUGGGUGAACUAUCCCUUAAAGGCAAUAGCUCAAGCCUGUUCUCUUCUGAUGGAGAGAGAAAGCAUCACGAGAGACUCAAAGUGCAAAAAAAGCAAAGUGCAGAGAGCAUCUGUACAACAUUUUGCACUGAAAGGUCUUGCUCUAGUUCUUUCCACUUUCCCAUGAAGUAGCAUAUGGGCAAAACAGUGUCAGAUUCCAACGAAGCACUGGUGUUGACCUGACACUGUUCCAAAUAUUUCGGUAAUAUGCUGAUCACUGCAAGUUUAAAAUAAGUUGGUGGUUGAUAUAGGGCAUUUUGUGAAUGUGGACGUAAAAUCACAGAGACAUCACAUCACAGAUAGUGAACAAUAGCGCAUGACUUGUAUAAGAGCAGAAACCUAUGAGCUUGUUAUGGUGAAUGGCCUUUCUCUAGAAAAUAUUGACAUGUGCACUGAGAAAGAAGUUUUUUUAUUUGUGCUGUAUCUUAUAUUCUCUUAAAGAAGUGUAAUUUAAUAAAUACUGUUAAUAUACAGUAGCCACUGUUUGAAUUCUGCUAAUAAAUAUAAAUCUUGAGAAACAACUGUUACAUUCACUCAACUUAACUGAUUUUAUUAUUUUUAAUUUGAAUAUUUUUGAUAAGACACAAGAUGCUUCAUGCAAUCUAGGGCUUAACCCUGGACAUCAUAUAUGUAAAACUAAUAAUUUGCCUGUUGUGUGUUACCGCAUUUACAUGCUAGAACCAGGUCUCCUCAUGCAGUGACAAGAACAUAAUAUCCUUGUAGUUUUCUACUUUCCAUUCCGUUAUAUCUAUUAUAGUAUUUUGAAGUGAAAAACAUUCAUGCACAAAUUCUAGAGGAAUAUCUUGUUCUGUUCUUUACCUCUUUCUAGGUCAAACACGUGGCUGGCUUGUCAAAGGUGCAUGGAUCUAUUUUAAGAGAAAGGUGCCACAGCACCUGCGAUAACCACUUAAUUUACAAUUCCAUUUUUCAUCAUUAACUUGAGGAAAAGAUUGUUUGAAUAGAUGCUGAAUCAUUGUGUUAAAUCAUGCAUAUGAAUUCAGUCCUAUUGGAAGACCGCUUGUUAGCAGAGCAAAGCUUAAAACUCUGCAUUUGCAUUCAGUGCAUUAAAUCCUUUACAGCCUAAGCUCAAGGCUCCAUCUACUCUUCAUCUGAAUCCUGGAGCAAAGCCUUCUGGGAGCUGGAGUCAGAAAGAGUGGUCUUCCUGAGGCCCAACUCCAUGUCACCGAUCUGCCUCCUUACACACCAUUUAGAAGACC